CCCGCCCCGCGCCGCGCCGGACCGCCGCCGCCAUGGCCCCCGCCGCCGCUCACGCCGCCGACCACGCCGCGGAUUUGCUGCACACGCUGUCGCUGGAUCCCAAGGGCGUGGCCGGCCAGGGCAAAGAUGCGCAGAGGAAGGUCUCGGCAGCACCCAAUGGCAGGCUGAACGGCGUGGUGGCGUCUCCAAACCCUCAGGUGGCGUCGGCGGGGCAGUGGCCAGCCAUGGGGCAGCAGGAUUACAAGAAUGCCAACAUGUAUGGUGCUGGCGCUGACGCCUACCAGUAUUACUAUGGAGGCUGGGGGGAUUAUUCUGUGUAUGUGGGCCUUGACGGAGCAGAGUCACUUAACCCUGGUGCUUAUGGGGACAUGUAUUGCUAUCCUCAGUAUGGUGUUGCUUCGUCUGGGUAUGAUGCGCAGAUGUACGGAUCUCAGCAUUACCAGUACCCGUCCACGUAUCUCCAGCCACAGACUGCUAGCACCACUAAGCCAGCAUACAAGCCUAAUGCUGGCAAAUCAGAUCCUUUACCGCAGAAGGAUGCUUCUGCUGCACCUGCUGCUUAUCAGAAGCCUGGAUUGGUGGAUGCUUCCAAGGCCAAUUCAAACAGCACUGAUAGUUCAACAGGUCUGAAGAAAACCACAUACCCUGUGAAACCAAGUGGGCGUUCAGCUAGUUAUCAGAACCAUGGUGAUAAAGCUGCUUAUCCAUCGUAUGGUGGUCAUACUCAGCAGAAACUCCCUGUUGGAAAUACUACAUCAACUGCUUCUAAUCCUAAAACCAAGGGAUUGCUUGGGCAAAACUCAGCAAUGGGGCCACAGACACCUGGGUACAUGAGUUCCAUGUACUCUAGUGUCAUGUACAAUGCAAAUGCAUAUGCACCUGACUAUUGGUAUGGAUCUCACCUCUAUGGCUCUGGUAUGUAUGGUGGGUGGAAUGUACUGUCAGAUGGAAAGUACAAGCCCAGACCAAAAACCUAUGGAUCAUAUCGUUUCGGUAAUGAGAACAUAGAUGGCUUGAAUGAGCUGAAGAGAGGGCCAAGAAGCACUGUCAUUAAAAAUGAACAGGGUGCUGGAGAAGCUGCUGUUGCACCUGCAAAAGGACAGGAGCUUUCUACUGGCGACGCCUCAAAUGCAGUUGUGCAGGAUCAGUACAACAAGGCUGACUUUGUUGAAACUUACUCAGAUGCCAAGUUCUUCGUUAUAAAAUCUUACAGUGAGGAUGAUGUUCACAAGAGCAUCAAGUACAAUGUUUGGGCAAGCACCCCCAGUGGAAAUAAAAGGCUUGAUGCUGCUUAUCAAGCAGCUAAAGACAAGUCAAGCAAUUCACCUGUAUUUCUGUUGUUCUCUGUCAACACCAGUGGUCAGUUCAUUGGACUUGCCGAGAUGGUUGGUCAGGUUGAUUUCAACAAGACAGUUGAAUACUGGCAGCAAGACAAGUGGACUGGCUGCUUCCCCGUCAAGUGGCACAUUGUGAAGGACAUUCCCAACACUCUAUUGAAGCACAUUAUUCUUGAGUAUAACGAAAACAAACCAGUGACAAACAGCAGAGAUACCCAGGAGGUUAGACUUGAGCAAGGCCUUCAGGUGCUAAAGAUUUUCAAGGAUCAUGUCUGCAAGACAUCCAUGUUGGAUGACUUUGGCUUUUAUGAUAACCGUGAGAAGAUAAUGCAAGAGAAGAAAUCCAAGCGACAGCAGCCACUGGAGAAGAUCAUGAACAAAAAGCCGCUUUCUAUCAACAACACUGAAAACCAAGAUGUCGAUGGGAAGCAGGGGAUCAUGAACAAAAAGCCGCUUUCUACCAGCAACACUGAAAAUCAAGAUGUUGAUGCAAAGCAGGGGCUGCAGGAACUCAAGGUCCUAGGAGAGAAAAACCCUGUGGUGGAAAACGGUGUGGCGGCAGGGGCUGUAAAUGGUGUUGCCCCAACAGACGCAAGCCCGGCAGCGGUCGCAGUUGGCUGUUGAUUUCCGCUGCUCAAGUCAUUUGAUCAUCCAUUCGAGGUAUACAGGGUGAGGAAGCGUUGCCGUGGCUGAAGGAAUUCAAGAUUCUGCUAGUUGGAUAUGCUUGUGGGUUGCAGAAAGGUGCAAGUCUGAGGCGAUUGAGGAUUCAAUGAGAGGCUUUUUUCUUUUCUUUGGGUGGUUCUGCUCUUCUGUAGUAUCUUCGCUAUUUCUGGAGUCUGGUGGUUGGGGUGGGUAAGGAGAUUAGAGCUCAGUUCUUGUUCUGGUGAGGUGUUUUCGUGUUUGGAAAUGGCAUUAGGAGUUGUACCUAGGGGUGGGGUUUUAGAUGUGUAAGCCUUGUGCAACCAACGAUUAUGAUUGUGGUGCAUCUUUUAUAUUGGAAGUGAAUGCUAGCAGUUUUUCAGUUGUA